CUCUGGCACCACUCAAGUCUCGUCUGGCAACACAUGCUAGAUUGAUCGUAUUUCCAACUGUUAGACAAGCAAGAAAUCUGACAUACACAAGACCUCCAAAGCUUGAUCUAAAUGGUGUGUCAUGUGCUAUAAUAUAAAAUAUGGAUGAUAAUAAAUACAUAAAUGCAACAAAGAUUCUCCUAUCUUUUCUUGCCGGAAAAUGCAAUACAUCAGUCGUCCUCAUGCAUCUUUUUCUUUUGUUGAAAACAGAAUUCCUCCUUUCGAAAUAUGCCUUCCAUGUAAAUUCUUUUCCUUCCUUCGAGCGCCAGAUGACAAGAACAAUCGAGCCUCCAUAUUCAUGAAUCGUCAAAGCAAUCCUUCCAAAAACAUUUAUU